GGCUAUAAAGAACGAAGGGAGCGGCGGGAGCGGCGCGGAGCGGAGCGGCGGGGCGGCAGCGGCUGCAGCUCAGGGGGGGAUUGCGGCACGAUGCGCCUGCGGUGGGCCCUGCUGUGCCUCUGCCUGGUGGCCCCGGUGGCCCUGGCGUCCCGUGUCCGCACCCGCCGCGAGCUGGGCCCCGGCUUGUACGAGCACGGGGUCUACGAUGCCGGGGGGUCCUACUGCCAGCGAGGGGAUGUGUGCUGCCACGGCCGCGACGACGGCUGCACCGUGCCCUACCACGACACCCUCUGCUACUGCGACCUCUUCUGCAACCGCACCGUCUCCGACUGCUGCCCUGACUUCUGGGAGUAUUGCCUGGGCAUCCCGCCCCCCUUCCCGAGGGUCCCAGGCUGUGCCCGCGCCGGCCGCAACUACCCCACCGGAGCCACGUACCGGGAGAACUGCAACCUGUGCACCUGCGGCCCCAGCGGGCAGUGGCGAUGCGAGGACCGUGCCUGCCUGAUGGAUGGGGACCUGAUCGAUGCCAUCAACCAGGGCAAUUAUGGCUGGAGAGCCGCCAACUACAGCCAGUUUUGGGGCAUGACACUGGAGGAUGGCAUCCGAUACCGCCUGGGCACCUUCCGACCCUCUCCCACCGUCAUGAACAUGAAUGAGAUGCAUAUGAACAUGGACUCCAACGAGGUGCUGCCCCGUCACUUUGACGCAGCUGCCAAGUGGCCUGGGAUGAUCCACGAGCCGCUGGACCAGGGCAACUGCGCCGGCUCCUGGGCUUUCUCCACGGCGGCCGUCGCCUCGGACCGCAUCUCCAUCCACUCCAUGGGACACAUGACACCCGCCCUGUCACCCCAAAACCUCCUGUCCUGCGACACCCGCAACCAGCGGGGCUGCAGCGGUGGCCGCCUGGACGGCGCCUGGUGGUACCUCCGCAGGCGAGGGGUGGUGACGGACGAGUGCUACCCGUUCACCAGCCGGGAGAGCCAGCCGGCGGCGCAGCCCUGCAUGAUGCACAGCCGCUCCACGGGCCGGGGCAAGCGGCAGGCGACGGCGCGCUGCCCCAACCCCCAGACCCACGCCAAUGACAUCUACCAGUCCACCCCCGCCUACCGCCUCUCCUCCAGCGAGAAGGAGAUCAUGAAGGAGCUGCUGGAGAACGGCCCCGUGCAGGCCAUCCUGGAGGUGCACGAGGACUUCUUCAUGUACAAGAGUGGGAUCUAUCGGCACACGCCCGUGGCCGAGGGGAAGGGGACGAAGCACCAGAGACACGGGACCCACUCAGUCAAAAUCACUGGGUGGGGAGAGGAGCAGCUGCCCGACGGCCAGACCCAAAAGUACUGGACCGCAGCCAACUCGUGGGGCACAGCGUGGGGCGAGGGUGGCCACUUCCGCAUCGCCCGCGGCGUCAACGAGUGCGAAGUGGAGACUUUUGUGGUGGGGGUCUGGGGGCGCGUCAGCGUGGAGGACAUGCCCCACAAGUGAGCGUCCCCCCACCUCUCCCCGCUGGUGUCCUUGUCCCCUUGUCGCAGCCACUCCGUCCCCUCCUGGGUGGGGUGGGACCCCCGGGCAGGGGGCCGGGGCUGUGCCCGCGCUGUGCUGACGCAGCGGCGGGGUGCAGCCACGCGUGCACGGGGCGUGCGGCCGGGGGUGCCGGGGGGCCCAGCCCGCAGCCCGGGGGAUUUACCCGCUAAUCCCCUCGCCCUGCGCUCCGCUGGGCUUCGGGAGCAGCCGGGGGGCUUCAAAGGCGGCUGCCCCUCACCCGGGCUGGCGCUGGUGGCUUUACCGCCUUCCACCCAGCACAGGGCUGAGGGGGCACUGCUGCCGAUCCCCGGGCUCCUGCACCCCCAUAUCUGUGCCCCCCCAAACCUCCUCUCGCCCCAGGCAGCCCUGGAGUGGGGGUUGUGGUGUAAAACACCCCUGUUGGGUUUGUCUUUACCCCCCUGGAGCGCUGCUGGGUGGAGAUGAGGAUGGGGUCCCCCCUCUAUGGUGCUAUGGCCCCUGAGGACAGGGGGGGCUCAGCCCCACAGUGCCCUCCGUCCUCUCGGGGCCACAAUUGGGGACCACGCAGCAGCACAGCCCGGGUCCCCCUGCCCGUUUCUACCCCCACCCCCCUCCAGGGCUGUACUUUUAAGACUCUUUGUAUUUAUUUUGCUUUUUAUUAUUUGUAAAUAAAGUUAUUGACGCCUCCUGGCCAGGAGGGGCUGAUCCUUCCCCACUCUGCUGCACACAGGGGUGCGUGGCCCCGCUGCCCCCCGCCUGCCCCAUCCCGGGGGGGGGCGGCCACGGCCCCGGGAAGGGCUGUGGGCCGAGAUAAGGUCCCGCUCAUUGUGUGCCUUCCGGCCGCGCCAGCGCCCGGUGACCUCGGCCAGCGCUGGCGGCCAGUGCUGCACUGGCCAUGGGCACGUGCGGCCACAGGGGCCACCGCGGCCACCUCAUUCACGAGUGCCACCAGAACCAGGUGUGCCAAUGCAGCCACGCUGCAGCCAGACGUGCCACCGGUGACACCAAAGAAGGCACAGCAAUGCAACCAUGCGUGCCACCACUGCCACUGCAGCCACCAGCACCGCGAGUGCCAAUGCAGCCAGGGGUGCCCAUGCAAGCAGGCAUGCCACCGCUGCCCCUGCAGCCGCCACAGCCACAUGUGCCACUGCAACCAGGAGUGCCACCAGUGCCAAGCGUGCCACUGCGGCCGCUACAGCCACCGGCACCAGGCACGCCACCGCACCCAGCCGAGCUCCUGCAGCCAGGCGUGCCACCAGUGCCACAUGGAGGGGGCACAGGAGGGGUGUGGAAGCCGAGCAGGCCCCUGGGCUGCUGCUGUUGCUUUUUAAACUGGAUUUAUUCUCGUUUCCAUCCUCCCUUUGCUGCCCCCCAUCCUCUGUCAGGGUCCCCCCACUGCCUCCACAGCGCAGAGCGGGCGCCACCUGGUGGUGAAACCUGAAACUGCACCGCCUCACCGGCCCUGUGGGCAGGGAGAUUCGAACCCUAA